AUGUCAGAGACUCAAAAUCUGACGAACCGCCUCGGCGGCAUGAAUCCGUUCUCCAAGCACAGGAAGCAUCGCGAUGAGGACGAUGUAGGAGAUGACAUGAGCUUCGAUGCCGUGGCGGGUGGUGGCCACUCGGCGCAGAUUAUUGACGCCAAGAAACAUUCCUUGCGCGUGAGCAAUGCCCUCAAGUCCUUCCUUGAGCACACUCCGGCGCUGGCAUCGCUCCUGACCAAGUCCCACAUCCGCGUGCCUGCGUCGGUUGUGGACCGCUCCUUUCCGCUGCAGGAUUACUUCAUCAGCUCCAGCCACAACACGUACCUGAUGGCGCACCAGCUGUACGGGUCCUCGAAUGUGGACGCCUACAAGGUGGCGCUGCGGGCGGGCUCACGGUGCGUCGAGAUCGACGCCUGGGACCACGACGAUAACAAAGACGAGCCCAAAGUCACGCAUGGCUUUACACUUGUAUCCAACAUCGCCUUCCGCACCGUGUGCGAGGCCAUCCGAGACGCCGUCGAUGAGGAGACGGCGGAGGCAGCCCGGACAGGAGGCCCCCUCCUACCCCCAUCGGCGCCCGUCGAGAAGGACCACGAAGGAACCCUAUACGAUGCGGCGAAGCAUAUUCGUCUAAGAGACUUGGGAUGCAAAGUGGUGGUGAUAGUGGAGCACCACCUGCAAGACGAGCGCCCGGACAGUGACUCUUCGAGUUCUAGUGACAGCAGCAGCGACAGCUCCGAAGACGAAGAGGAGAAACGGGCGCGCGAGGAGUACAAGAAAAAGAAGAAGAAGACGAAGAACGAUAAAGACUCCAAGGAAGACGGAGCCAUCAUUCCGGAACUGGCGGCGCUGGGCGUGUACGCGCAGUCGGUCAAGCCGGGCAACAACUCGUGGUUCGAUCCGGGCGAGCUGAUCAACGCGCCGCACCACCACCUCAUCAACGUCUCCGAGUCGGGUCUGCGCCAACACCUCCCCGGCCACAGGCACAGGAUUGGGACGCACAAUUCCAAGCACCUGAUGCGCGUGUACCCCAAGGGCACACGCAUCUCGUCCAACAACCUCAAGCCCGUGCCGUUCUGGGGCAUCGGGGCGCAGAUCUGCGCCAUGAACUGGCAAAAGUUCGACGCCAGCAUGCAAAUCAACGAGGCCCUGUUCAGCGGCACCGAGGGCUACGUGCUGAAGCCGGCCGCGCUCCGGGAAGGGGCCGUGGGCGGUGCGGCGGGAGCAGGCACGAGGAAGAAGAAGCUCAGGUUGCAUGCGGCUGGCGCGACCGAUGUACCGAGCCGCAACAAGGACGACGCGAACGAUGUGCGGCCCUACCUCUCUUGCGUGAUGGUGCACCCGGAUGACCUGAAAAACGAGCCGCCCAAGCGCAAGACAUCGGCGUACAAGCAGCGCAAACUGGAUCUUCUCAGGCGAGGCGAGAACCCGCCCGCGUCCCAGCCCAUCUGGGAUGAGGUGCUCGAGUGGGAGUACGACGACAACGAACUGGUGUUCCUUAGGAUGUUAGUCAAGAGCGACGACAGCUUUGCCAGGAACCCUAUCCUCGGGGUGGCUUCAGUCAGACUCUUCAUCCUUGUCAAAUUCGAUAUUGAAGAUGCUUGA